CUCUGGGGUCGGCCAUCCGCAUCUCUAACAGGAGGUUUUUCCACUUCAUGAUUUCUGGUCUUAAUUAAAUCCCUGCAGGGUCUGGUGGGACAACCACAGGGUAGUGAGUCCCAGGGCAGUCUAUUCGGGUUGGGGAUUGGGAUCCUGGUGUCUUCUUUCUGCUGCCGCCCUCCAGCAAAAUGGGGAGAUGGCUGUUCCGUUCUUCACCGGCCGCCUCACUGACUGGAUCCUACAAGCUGGGACCACCACUGCCUUCACUCGAAACAUAGCUCUCAUGUCCUUUCUCACCAUAGCCAGCGCAGUGCUGGAGUUCAUGGGCGAUGGGAUCUAUAACAGCACCAUGGGCCGCAUGCAUAGCCACUUGCAGGGAGAGGUGUUUCGGGCUGUUCUGCGCCAGGAGACAGAAUUUUUCCAACAGAACCAAACAGGUGCCAUCACAUCUCGGGUGACAGAGGACACAUUCACCCUGAGUGAGUCUCUGAGUGAGAAGCUGAGUCUCUUGCUGUGGUACCUGGUGCGAGGGCUGUGUCUCUUAGGGUUUAUGCUCUGGGGGUCACUGCCCCUUACCAUGGUCACCCUGGUUGCCCUGCCUCUGCUCUUACUUCUGCCGAAGAAGCUGGGAAAAUGGUACCAGUCGCUGGAAGUGCAGGUGCGGGAAGCUCUGGCAAAGUCCAGCCAGGUGGCCAUUGAAGCUCUGUCAGCCAUGCCUACAGUCCGGAGCUUUGCCAAUGAGGAGGGCGAGGCCCAGAAAUUUAGGCAAAAGCUGCAAGAAAUAAAGACACUCAACCAGAAUGGGGCCCUGGUCUAUGCAGUCAACCUCUGGACCACCAGUAUUUCAGGGAUGCUGCUGAAGGUGGGAAUCUUAUACAUUGGUGGGAAGCUGGUGACCAGUGGGGCUGUAAGCAGUGGGAAACUUGUCACAUUUGUUCUCUACCAGAUCCAGUUCACCACAGCUGUUGAGGGACUGCUGUAUGCCUAUCCCAGUGUACAGAAGGCUGUGGGCUCCUCGGAGAAGAUAUUUGAAUACCUGGACCGCAUCCCACACUGCCCACCCAGUGGUCUGUUGACUCCCUUAAACUUGAAGGGCCUUGUCCAGUUCCAAGAUGUCUCUUUUGCUUACCCAAACCGCCCAGAUAUUUCUGUGCUACAGGGGCUGACAUUCACCCUACGUCCUGGUGAGGUGACGGCGCUGGUGGGACCCAAUGGGUCUGGGAAGAGCACAGUGGCUGCCCUGCUGCAAAAUCUGUACCAGCCCACAGGGGGACAGCUGCUGCUGGAUGGGAAGUCCCUUCCCCAAUAUGAGCACCGCUACCUGCACAGCCAGGUGGCUGCAGUGGGACAAGAACCACAGCUAUUUGGAAGAAGUCUUCGAGAAAAUAUUGCUUAUGGCCUGACCGAGAAGCCAACUAUGGAGGAAAUCACUGCUGCUGCAAUAAAGUCUGGAGCCCAUAGUUUCAUCUCUGCACUCCCUCAGGGCUAUGACACAGAGGCAGGCGAGGCUGGGAGCCAGCUGUCAGGGGGUCAGCGACAGGCAGUGGCCUUGGCCCGGGCAUUGAUCCGGAAACCACGUGUACUCAUCCUGGAUGACGCCACCAGUGCCCUGGAUGCAAAUAACCAGUUACGGGUGGAGCAGCUCCUGUACGAAAGCCCCAAGUGGCACUCUUGCUCUGUGCUUCUCAUCACUCAGCACCUUGGCUUGGUGGAGCAGGCUGACCACAUCCUCUUUCUGGAAGGAGGCAUUAUCUGUGAGGCUGGAACCCACCAGCAGCUCAUGGAGAAUAGGGGGUGCUACUGGGACAUGGUGCAGGCCAAUGCAGGAGCUCCGGAAUGAAAGACCUCACACUUGAGCACUGAGCAUCUUCCUUGCAUUUCUUCUUUUCGUGUGGAGAAUUUAGGAUCAAAGAGCUUACCAAGAGUUGCAGAGUAGGCAGCUGCUUCCAGGAAGAGUUACCUGAAAUGUGCCAUGAGUGUUGCCUCCUCUCCAAGCUCCUCUUGAUAAUGCAGACUUCCUAGAAGACAAACACAGGAUUAAAAUCCUUAGUGUAAUCGAGUUUAGAGCAGAGUUGGUGCUUUGGUUGAACAGCACUAUGAAAAUGAGAAAGAUUCAGAAUGUACAGAGUGGAAAGCUAUUUUAAAUGUGUUCAAAGGCAUAUGCUGGUCCAUAAACAUCCUGUAGAUUCUUGGUAUUUAUAAUAAAAUUGGUGUUUUGUA